UUUGACAUUACCAUUCAAACAAGCCGAACGUUAUUGUUUUAUAAUAUUUAAUCAAAGCAGCAAAAGUAGAUGUAUAAAUCCUUAAAUGAUAAAUUUUGUUAUUUAUGUACUGUGAAAUAUAAUUAAUUUUAGGCUUCCAUCAUGGAUUUAAACGAAGGUACAACAACAGAAGACCUGUGGACACCCUACAAGGAAUUGGUGGCAGUUGUCGAAUGUUACCUUACAAAUGAGAGUGAAGGAGUGCCAUACGCAGUGCACACUUUUGAGUCAGUGCUUAGAAGGCACAAACAGACAUUCCUGGCUUUGCUUAAGAAUCCUGCAAAAAACCCAGCUAGCAGAGAAGAAAUAAAAAGAGGAAUAACUGAAGGUGUGAACCUUCCCAGUGUUGGAAGGACAUUUUUGUCCAAAGAACUUGUAGAUGAAGCUAUCAUCAUAUCUGAUAUGUACAAUGCCAAUGAAUAUGCAUGUCUGGAAUUGCUGCACACAGCACAGCGGCAGAGCCCUAAGCAGCCCGGCUUGGCUCGGGGACUGCUUGCCAUCAUUCUGUACUAUGAGGGACGUAGGGCUCUGGUGCAAGCUUUAAGGGAACUUGUUAUGGCGAGAGAUGGAGUGUCAUGGUCAGUCAAUGCUCGAGAAGAAAUAAUAACCUAUGUCACACGUUAUGUGGAGCAGCUCAUAUCAGAUGGUCUACUGGGCAAUGUGUUAGAUGCUCUCCGUAACCCAUUGGAUAACGAAAUAGAUCUAUUGAGACGGAAUAGGGCUUUGCCCCCGAGGCGAUACCAAGUGAAGUUACUAUCAUGCAUGCAGACAACAAGAAAGUUAUUAGCAGGAACAAUUUUUGCAGCAUCAGCACAACGCGGUUUAGAAAGAGAUAUUUUGUUGAGAUUACUGUCAGAGGAAUCGACGUCACCAUCUCGCGGGGCGACGGGAGCGUUGGACGAAAUUUCUAUAGCGUUGCAAAUGGCGUUACUAUAUGCGUUGGAUCUUUCAGUUCUACAUAGGCGCGAAGACGGCGAAGAACUAGCGAAAAAACUGCCGCUCAUCCAAGAUCCAGACUUAAUAUCAGUAUUAUUAGACGAGCUAUCCCCCGUCAGCCAUCCGGAGAGCAAACCCUCUGGUCUCCGGGCACUUUGUCAAUUAGCCCUUGGUCUAGCGUUAAGUGCAUUGAAGAGGGCACCAGUGUCGUUGCUGAAGAAGGGUAAUGAGUCCAGGUGUGAGGCCCUGGAUCAGGAUGAAGUACUGGUUGAUGCAGCUAUUGAUGGAGAGGUGUUCGAAUAUCUAGACGAAAUGAUACUGUCAUCAGACCUAGUGGCGUCAGAGGAAUAUUACCAGCGGAGGAUCCAUUCCCUCAUCACAGACUUCAUUGUGUUGAUGCACUCCAAGCUUAUGGAGAUGAGAGUCAAGGCUGACGAAGCGGCCCGCGCGGCGCAGAUGUACGCAGCCGAGGGGCUCGUGCCGCCCGCCGCACCGCACCGCACGCGGCUCGACGCACUACUGCGGUGCGUCGAGCGGCUGUACGCGCGCGACCCGCUGCGUCUGCGCGACGACUACUGGCGCGCGUGCGACGCGACUGCGCACUCGCACAGGGCUGGUGGUCGCGCGGCGACGCUGUACAAGUUCGUGCGGCUGUCCGGCGAGGUGGUGGUGGCGGCGCUGCUGCCCGCGUACCUGCGCGCGCUGGCCGCGCUGGCCGCGCCGCGCCACACGUGGGCGCUGCUCGCGCGCCGCGACGCGCUCUCCGCGCACCACCUGCUCACCGCGCUCGCGCUCUACCACCGAAAUCUACGUCAAGACCCCACUCCGUUCGCGGAACACGCACACACGGCGUCGUUGGGCGCGUCCGCGCUGAUCACGCCAGCAGCACGACCAGCUAAACUGCUUGUUAGGCAAGAAGAGGUGGAAGCGAUGAUUGGGGCACUAAAAUUGAUAGCUGCUGUAGCGAACAUAGACGAAGCCGCGUGCAUCACGAUCUGUGAGAACAUGCAGUGGGAUGCUGUUAACGUCAUGUUUGGUCUGAUAUGCUGCCACGUGCCGAUCCAGCUGAAGGCGGAGCUGUGCCGCUGCCUGGGCGCGCUGGGCCGCUGGGCCAGCACGGCGCCGCGCGUGUGGGCCGCGCUCGAGGCGCAGCAGCUCGUGUGCGCCAAGAGCGACAAGCGGGCCCUCGCUGCGGACCUGCUCGAGGUGGAGUGCCGCAUGGAGCAGUACCCGCUCUCGCUCUCGUUCCUCUCGCUCCUGGAGUCCCUGUGCACGGCGGCGCCCUUGCCCCGCACGCUGGGCGCGGGGGCGCGGCGCCCCGGGCUCGACCCGUACGUGGAGCACGUGGUGGGGCGCCUCGCCCUGCCCGCGCCCCACCGCCCCUACGUCGAGCCGCAGGACAAGUGGCAGAUGUUAGCUCGCUGCUUCCGUCUAUUCACUCUCUGGCUGGAGCAAUACGAGCCGAGCGCUGCGGACUUCCCGCCCGCGCACCAGGAACCGGACUCGAACCCGCCACCCGGCUUCAGACUGCUCAUGUUCCUGCACACCAACUCUGAUCUGCUGCGGCUCGUGCUGACCACCCUGGACGAGGCGUUUGAGCUGAUGGAUAAACAGCCGCUGGAAGAUCAGAAAUACGUACAAGAAACGCUAAUAAGCACGCUACAAAUACUAGAGCGCGCGUUGGCACUAGAACGUUCUCUCACGGCCGCUGCGACGGAAGCGAACCGCGCUGUCAUGCUCGUUGGACUUUCUAAACUUAUACUUGCACCCCUGGGCCCGGACAAAAGCGACCGUCUGGUGACGUGCUGCCGCGUGCUGCAGCUGGGCUGCGCGAUACCCGCAGCAGCGGCCCGAGCAGUGGCGCUGCUGUGCCGCGCGCUGCAGGCGCCGCACUGCGCCCGCCACCUGCUUGAGUGUGUCGCUCUGACGCCGCACAGGGCGCCGGAAGUGCGGCAUGGCUUCGUGGAAUGCCUCGAAGCGGAAGAGUGGGGCAGUCCAGAAAACGUAACAGCCACUAGACAGGCGAAGGAGGGCAUCGUGCUGCUGCUGCUGCAGCUGCUGCCGGCCGCGCCGCACAACCUCGCGCACUUCCUGCUGGGCUACCAGCUGCAUGAUGACGUAUCUCGUAGUGCAUUACACGAAGCGGGCGUAGCGGGCGCGCCGCGUACCUGCCUGCACUCCAUACUCGAUAUAUUGGACACGUAUAUCGCUAAGAACGGGAGUGCUGAGAGGGAAGCCUCCACUCUAGUGGAGAGUUGCUACCGCCUGCUAUAUUGGCUUGUAGCCCGCCCGGCGACUUCGCCCCCGGCGCUCCGCCUGCUGCGCGCGAGGGACUAUUUCCUGGCUAGACAUGUCAAGGCAACGAUAAAUCUUGAAACAGCGUCCACAGCCACACUAUCGGCCCGCUCGUGGGCUCUGCGCGCGUGCGCGUGCGAGGCGGGCGCGGCCGGCGGCACGGGCCAGCACGCCGCGCUCGCCGCGCUGCUCGCCGCACUCACCCGCUCGCCGCACGACCACGCGCCGCAAGAUUGGGAGUCGUGCGUGAUACGCACGUCGCUAGAAGCGUUGCCGAUGAGCGUGGCGGCCGUAGCGGAGCCACGCUGGGAACUGUUCCAUGCUAACCAGCUGAGGAAUGCCAUAUCUGGGUGCGAUCUACCUACAGGUCUCGGUGGUAAACGUAUCAGUGUGUCCCGCGUGCACGCGCUACUGGCCCGCGAGCUGGAGGCGCUCAGAGCAUCCGCGCCGCAGAGGAACCUGGUGGCAGGGGAGAUACAGAAGGUUUUAGAUUAUGUCACGGAAGUCAACAAACAGCGCAAUCUAGCGGCCACUCUCACACACUACUACGAUUCAUGGCGUCAACUCACUGAGAUCAUCUUCUGUGUGGCGCCGCAUGACCUUCUCAGUCUAGAUUCCAGAAAAACCCUCCUUCUAAACAUACUCCAGGACCUUUUGAACAAAAUACCACCAGCGGAAGUACUCCCACAAAUUGGCAACCUAGCUUCCGGAACAGUUUUAUUACUCCUAGUGAACUUACGACACUGCUACAUAUUGCAGAAGCGAGAAUCGAACUUGAAAUCAACGGAAUUUGAAACUACGUUCUUCGGACCUUCAAAUCAGAUCAUGCAAACGAAAUCUUUGACCCUCAAAUUUAUACUACACAAGAUAUUAAGCUGGAUUUUGGUUUCUGGUGGAUCAACGCAGAAAAUGCGAGUGAAUCUAUAUGGAGCGUUGUUAAAUUUCUUAAAUAUUGUGAAUUUGAAACCCAGUGCUGCAGAUCCAGAGGAAGAAAACAAUUCUACUUAUGUUUCUCGAUUGGACAGUUCGCGAUCGCGUCCAAGCAAAGAGGAGUCGAGUUUGAAGUCGAUGGUAGUGGAAGUUAUAAACAGUUUUGGGGAGAACCUAUGUUCUAUAGUGUGUAGUGACUGUGUGGGCGGGGGCCAUGAUGUUUGUAGGAUGGUGGCGCUGUCCUGUUUGGAUACGUUGAUAGAAAUCAACCCGGGAACGGAUUGGAUGAACACGUUGAACAAUCAGGGGUACUUGAGGAGCUUGAUCGACAGUCUGCUGCAGGAUGAUGAAGGAUUGAAAGAGGCAUUGGAACCGAACCCCAAGUCGCUCCGCGUGCUAUACGUGUAUGAGUCCAAACUAGCGUUGCUAAUAAAGAUAGCGGGCACUCGAGCGGGCGCUGAGACGGUACUAGCGGCUGGGGCACUUGCUUGUCUCGCGAACUUGCGCGCAUUACACACGCACCCGGACACGCACGUGCCCGCUACGAAGGAUACAGCUUUCCUACCCUCCGUACCGCACAGGUUCCGCCAGAUGCUGGUCCCGGCGCUGGCGCUGUGCGACGCGCUGCUGACGACGCUGGGCACGCACAACCACAGCUGCGCGCUGCACAUCGUGCACCUGCUGCUCAGCCACGCGGAGUGCGUCGAUGUGGUGCUCAGGUCCACGCACCCGAACUCACCCACCGGGUUACUCAGCGAAGCAGCAGCGCUGACCUCAGUGAUAGCACGCACAUCAGAGCGCGAGGUUGUGCGUGCAGCGGCUGACGCGGGCCCGCAGCGGGCUGGAGCAGCGCUGCAGCGGCUGCAUGCGCUUGCACAUGCGCUGCUGGCGCGAUUCCAUACUCCGCCAGAGGGGGAUGGGGAUGAGCAGCUGCUGUAUUAUAAGAUCGUCUGCAACCUGCUGCUAUUCGCUCGCAACACGAUCGACAGCGAAGCGACCACCAGCCCCAGCACCACCACCAGCACGGUGGAGGACGGCACCAGGCGGGCCGGAGCAGUGGCCCUGCAGCUGCUGCAGCGGCUGCUGGAGCGGCUGCACGCGCACAACAAGCUGCUGGCCACCGUGCAGCACCAGCUGCACAGCGUGCCGUCCAUGACGCUCACCGACAUGAAGAAGCUACUAGAAGAGGAGCCAGUGAGCGCUCCAUUAGAAGCUCGUGCGGCAGUCGUGUCGCGGCUGCGGGCGCGAGCGCACGUGCGUCGCGAGGUGCGUGCUCACUGUGCGCACGCGUUGCACGCAGCGCUGUAUCUGCUGUGGGCGCAUACGAGGAUAUAUUUGAGGGCAGCGUUCUCAGCGCAGACUAAUCGAUAUAAUGCACCUCCCCGAACGGCUAUAUCAAACGCGAUGGCGGGUGAAGAAGCGUUACAACUGCGCAACUCGCUCGUAGCGGUGUUCACUGAUCGGUUCACUGAUGAACUGUUGGAAACUGCUAAGAACGAACCCCAAAUGCAGCGCGGCUUCUUAGAAGUUCUUGUAAAAGAUAUGAAAACAAUGAUACAGUUUUCGCCUGUGUAACCUUUUAGUUAUGUUGAUUUGUAUUUAAGAAAGGAUGAAUGUGAAAUAAAUGAUUUUUGUAAUUUCA